AUGAAUUUUAAGUCAUUAUUUUUCAAAAUUUUCCUUUCUUCGCAGAGAACAGGGACUCCAAAUUUCGAACGUCGUUUCUNGACUCCAAAUUUCGAACGUCGUUUCUCACGUUUACGUCACAACGAUUCUGCUAACACGCCCAAAACAGACCCGCAAUCCAACGAGGAGAAUCCGAAUACAACGACGAAGAGGCCGGAUAUUUUGAAUAUUUUCGCCAAAGACGAUCUGCUUCCUGGUUGUAUACCAAUUUUCCUUUCUCAACCAACACAGGUGAUUUUCAAUCUGGUGGCAGAUGAGGAUGUGACUAAGGCCAAACCGAGCACAUUGAUCGCUAAAAAUGAUAUUCUCAAAGAUAUUCAGCUUCGUGCGGCAGUUUCCGAUUUCAGUGUGCAGAAAACCGCAAUCAAUGAAUAUCCAGGGAGUGACAUUUUGGUAAUCUACGAUGCGGACGUAAAGUUUGGAGAAAAUUUCAUUCUAGUACUCUCAGAAGAGACCAAGAAAAUAAUUCUAAAUCCCUCGGACGAGAGUCCGCUUCCUGCUACGGAAGAGGAUAAAACUUACGGGGGUGAUGAGUUGGAUGAAGCGAGCGAUGCCGUGGCCGAAUUUCAUCCACGAACUCGACGCCCGUGGAUUAAUCUGGGUUCCGACAAAGAAAUAAUGGAGGCUUCGACUACUGAUACUCGACCAAGAAUCUACACCAUUUACCAGCGUCCCAGGAGGGAAUUUGGUGCUCCGGUGUUUUUUUCCGAUAGAGAUGCUGUAGAAAAAUCCAUGGGUAGCAUGGUCAAUUCGUCGGAAGAAAAAUCCACUGAUAUUCCGAUUGUCGAACUGGACCGAGCGGUUUCAAAUGCUCAGUUGACAUGUGAACGUGGAACAAACACCGACUGGAAGUAUCCACGAAACGCGUUCACCCAGUACCAACCACGUCUGCUUAGCCCGGAAGAUUUACAACUGUAUUUGGCACCAAACGGACCGUUACAGAACAUCAGUAAACAUUUUAAAAUAUUUGAGCAAGGUCUUUUACAAAACAUGAUGUACGACUUUUUGGCAAACGACUACGAGAACUUGGCUGCCGGUGAUGAGACUUACGAUAGUCGAGCGGAUAACACAUUCAAAGAAUUUCUAUCGUUCACCGAUUUGAAAUUCAGUAAAGAUAAAGCAAUCACAGAUAUUCAAUGGCAUCCGACUAUUAAGGGUAUUGUGGCCAUGUCCGUGGGCGAACGUUUGACAUACGAUCAACGUGUGGAGCAAUCUUCGCGAAUUUUGCUCACAUCGACGCAUAUCAUACUGUGGAGUUUUGCCGAUCCUAUUCAACCGCAACUGCUUCUCGAUGCUCCGGAAGACAUUAUGUGUUUCCAAUUCAAUCCAACAGAUCCGAAUAUUGUGGCCGGUGGCUGUUACAACGGUCAAGUAGUGCUAUGGGAUAUUGAAAAACACAUGGAAGAUUUGCGUACUGUAAAACAGCGCAUGAAAGCCAAAGGCAAAGUGCCCCUGUUCUCUUUUGACGAUCACGACCCGCAAAAAGUGCCCGUUUCGCCUUACUGUGCGGUGAGCAAUAUUGAAGCAUCACACACGGCACCAAUAUUGGCCAUACAAUGGGUUCCGGACCAUAUGGAAGUGAACAGACUGGGUUAUUGUAUGGAAAAUAUUGGUCUUCGUUGUGUUCAGCUAGUCACAUGUGGUUUGAACCAUGAACUCUUGUUCUGGGAUACGCGCGCAGAUAGAUCCCCGUUAGCAGUGGACAAAACAAGAGACUCUAUUGUACCGGCAAUGAAUGUCCCCACCACAUUUGCAGCAUUGGAUAACAAAUGGAAACCGCUUUUACGUGUUCACUUAUUCAAAACGGAUCCCGGAGGUGAUCAUGCGCCAACCAAAUUUUGCAUGCGGGAGGUCCAAGGCGAUCGACGUAUUCUGAAUGCAAAUGCAGAAGAUCGUAAUGCAGUGUCCGCCAAAACCGGUGGUCCUCCCAAAUCUCGUCCAUUACAAGGUGCCAGUACUCAUUUCUAUGUGGGCACUGAAGAUGGAGAUCUGGUCUAUGUGGACUGGAUGCCACAGAAAGAUCAAGAUACCGGGAAAAUGCAAACCCCCAAGCCUGAGUUCUACGCACCGCAACAUGACGGACCCAUAUCCUAUGUGGCUCGAUCUCCAUUCGAACCCACUGUUCUGCUUGUUGUGGGUGGUUGGACUUGGUCGCUUUGGAAGGAAGGAGUGCACAACGGACCAAUUCUGGAAUCAGGUCAUUCAGUCAAACCGCUGACAGGUGGACACUGGUCACUAACCCGGCCUUCAGUAUUCUUUAUCUGUCGUGCAGACGGAAGUCUUGAAGUAUGGGAUCUGUUGGACAAAACGCACGAACCGGCCAUGGUUCAAUCCAUAUCGGCUAACGCCCUGACCGCAAUCUCGUUGUGGAGUUUCUCCAGACGUCAACUGAUUGCGAUCGGGGAUACACAAGGAGCGUUACAAAUAUUUGUCGUUCCAAGACGUCUUUCAUCAAUUAUGCCAUCUGAAUUGGCCAAUUUUAUUGCAUACAUAACCCGUGAAGUGAAGCGUCGAGAAUUUGUCAUGACGCGUUGGAGUAUUCGGGAACAGGAGAAAAUUGAACAGGAAGCUGAGAACAAGAAAAAAGCUGGUGUCGCACCAACAGUCGUUCUGACCGAAGAGGAACAGUUACAAAAAGAGCGAGCCGAAUAUGAACAGUAUCUGCAAGAUGAACACGCAUUUUUACGUUCGCUUGGUUUGCUCAAUGAUUCCGAGGAGACUUGA